AUGAAAAGGUUUUUUCAUCAAGGUCAAGAGGUAGCCAAAUGGAGGGGUAAUUAUGGUCCUAACAUACAACUGAAGCUUAAUGAAUUUGGGAAAGAUAUGAGGUUGUGGACAGUGGUGCCAAGUGGUGGUGAUGUGUUUGAGACUAGUCAAGAUGAAAUCAACUAUGUCUACAAAGAUCCAAGUCAAUUCCUUUCUUCUUGGUUCCACAAGGACAAAUAUGUUGCAACCUAUAGUCAGAACAUACAACCUGUAGGUGGAAGCAACUUGUGGCCAAUGACUGAGUUUAUUAAACCAUUACCACCCCUAGUUAGAAGGAUGCCUGGAAGACCCAAAGUAAAUAGAGUGAAGCAUGCAUCUGAAUCACAAGAUGCCAAAUACCCCUCACAAAGGAAGAUUGGAAGACCUAGGAAAGAUGGGGGAGGCCAACCUAUUUUUGACCAAUUCCCUCCAGUUAAGCCUGCUAUACCAAGAAGUGUCGCUGCUCCUCCCCCAGUUUCAGAAUGUGGUGAUCAAGUUGGUGGGCCUGAUAUACCAAGAAGUGAUGUUACUCCUCCCCCAGUUUCAGAAUCUGGUAAUCAAGUAGGUGGUGCUAAUGUUAGUCCUCUGAAAUUGACUAAGAUGAUGGCAAGGAGAGGAGGGAAAACUAAAGUGUCUGGAUCAAGGAACAAAACACCAAAGAAAACACCUAAUGGUAAGAAACAUAAGAGUAAAGCAAAGGAGGAUGUGUCCCUAACCUGUGAUGAGGAUUUUGUUGAUCUUUUUACCCAUGCACCUACUGGUAAGCAAGGUAUGAGUCAAGAAAAAGAGGAUGUUCAGGAACAAGAACAUGAUGACAAUGAGAUUGAGAUAAACUUUUUAAAAUAG